AUGAAUAACUACCACUUGUACGAAGAGAUUGGGCGCGGCAAAUAUUCCCAAGUGUACAAAGGCAGAAAGAAGUUCACGAUCCACUUCGUGGCCGUGAAAAGCACGGAGAAAUGCCAAAGGGAGAAAGUCAUGACCGAGGUGGAGCUCCUCUCCGGUUUGCGCCACCCGAAUGUGAUUGAAUAUUUGAACUGCUAUGAGACGCGGAACCACUUGUGGGUGAUUUUCGAGUACUGCGCUGGUGGAGAUCUGCUGCGUCUAUUGAAGCAGGACAGCCGCCUACCAGAAGACCGAGUUCGUAUCUUUGGGCGCCAGAUUUGCGCGGGAUUGCUUCACAUCCACUCGCGUGGGAUUAUUUUCUGUGACCUGAAGCCUUCCAAUAUCCUCUUCACGGAAGAUGAGGUCCUGAAGCUAAGUCACUUCGGCCAGGCUCUCCGUGUCGAAGCGGUGAACAACUCCGGCCCCAGCGGCCCGGGGCGCCGACAUGGCACAGCGCAGUAUAUGGCACCAGAGCUCUUCUCAGAGGCAGGUCUUCAUUCCUUCAGCUCAGAUCUUUGGUCCUUGGGUUGCGUCCUCCACGAGCUCUUCUCGGGUUCACCACCCUUCACCGCGGUGUCCUCUCAGCAGCUUCAAUGUCUGGUGAUGGAUGCUGCGGUGCCCAAGAUGCCAGGGGCUACUCCCGAGUUCCAGGACCUGACCUCCGAGCUCCUCCGGCCCCUGCUGCGACGUUUGGCCUGGCCGCAGCUGCGGGCGCAUCGCUGGUGGCGCGGGGAGCGCCUGGGGGAGGACAAUGACGCCCAGGCCUUGCCACGAGAGCCGCCGCUGAAAUCCUGUCGAACCGUGGCCCAGAACUUGCCCAAGAAACGGCCGCCACGGAGAUGGAUGAGUGUCCAGGACUUGGUCACAGAGGUUGAGGUGGCGCUGGUAGAAGGUGACCGCCUGGAUAAGGACUCAUCCGCCUACGCCAACUUGAGAAGAGAGGCGCUGUCGCUGAGAUUGGAGAACGAUGCCCUGAAUGAAAAGGUUGCAGAACUUGAGGAGGCUCGUGCCCAGUACAUUGCCCAGGAGGAAGGUCUCACCGAGAAGCUCAAGGCAGAUGGUGCCUUCUGGUAUGAAAAGGAUAUCGUGGAGAUGACACGCAAAAUUCAGGAAGUAGACUACAAGAUCGCUGGUUUGCGGCAUAAGCAUCAUCACAACAUCAAAGAUGUGGGCUCUUUGAAGCGAACCAUGUCUCUCAUUGAAAAGCGUGGCAAGGCCGGCCGCGCCCAGUCUGAGCCACCCAAUCCCACAGGCGAGGCACCACUUUCCAUCCACAAGAACAGCUCAGGGGUAGAUCACCCAUCAGUACCUGCAGCCAUGGUCCGCGGAUCGGAUGGCGCGGAACUGGGCUCGCUCUUCAACAAGAUGUUUUUCGGCAUGAAAACUCGGGUUCCUGGGGUGUUCCUCCCGGCCCCCAAGUCAUCGCCGGCGAAAGCCAAAGGGGGACCGCCAAAGCCACUGCUGUCCAGGGCCAACGAUGGCAGUGGAGAGGACGAGAUGGACGUUCCCAAGGACGACGUGGAUACCGCGGAGAAGCGCCGGCCACGCAGCCCCGCGCGGCCCGCGAGGCCAGCGGUACCCUCGGCACCGCCCAAGCGCCCCGCGGUGGCGCGGGCGGCGGCACCGCGGCGGUUGAACGGGCUGAAGACACCGGCCAUGGCACCACAGGUCUCAGAAGCUCGAGGGCCGCCGCUGCGGUUGAACGUGCCCGAAAGUCGAAAGCGGAAAUUGGUGCCAGAGCCUCCCUCCUAUCCUCCAGAGGUUUGGGAACGUGUCAUCGAUUCUUCGCGGAAUGCAGUGUACUACUGGGAGCACCGAACUCGUAGAUCCUCAUGGGACGUGCCUCCACGAUGUUUUGGAUGGUGGGAGCGGCUUCGGACCGAACACACAAACUUGGAGUUCUUCUGGAACUCAGCCACGCAUCAAACUUUGUGGAAUUUGCCAUUGGCGCCUACUCCCUCAGCCGCAUCCGUUUCCUUGGCCCUUGGUGAUGAGCCAGUCUGUCGAUCUUUGCCCUUGAGGGCGCUUCCAGAUGUGAAGCAGGUAACCACCUUGAUUGACAAGACCGAGGAGGCCUUAGACAGGGGCGAGGUGUCAGAUGCCAUGCAACUGGAGGCCGACCUGACUGAGGUGGUGGAAGGUUUGCGACAGGAGUCGGCAAAGAUUUGGCCCAAGAUCAGUAGUUAUGAGGCCGCCAUUUUAGAACUCAGCGGACAGAUGUCGGAGACCCAACACCAGCUGCAAGCAGUGCUGCAUACGCCAACACGCGAAGCUGAUGACCUCCGAACUCAUCUGAAAGCGCAGAUCAACCAGGUGAAGCGCAUGAUGGCGCAGUUGGGACGGCUGCGGGAUAUCCAACGUGUCAAUGCACAGGAGAUUGGAAUGGUCGAGCGAGAGCGUGCCAAACUGAAGCGAUAUUGUCGCGUCCGAAAGUUGCUGGAAGAAGGUGACGAGACAAAGUUACGAGAGAAGAUCACCGUGCUGCAAGCGGACACAGAUAGGUGUGAGAAACGCUUGCACAGCCAUACGGCUCGAGCUGGCAAUUUUGCUGGCUUUCUCGCGGUGCGUGCACGAAUAGGCCAAUUUGAUGAGAUCUCCAGAUUUUCUCAGCUCAACCCCUCCUCAUCUCCAACGCGCGUCCACGCGCCCAUGUCGGAUAUGUCGGCCAAGAAGCAGCGCACCAACGGCCCGACCGCGCGGCCGCCAGUGGCCAGCGAGUCGGACGAGUGCUGGAAGACCUGGGCGGAGCGUUGGGCAUCGUGGGAUCCGAAUCCAACGACCAAGGAGCAACUGCUGAGCAUUGUGAAGGCUGGCGACGUUCUGAAGCUUCGAAAACUGCUUCUGCGGCGUUUGGAGUUUGGCACUGCAGGGCUCCGAGGGGCAAUGGGGCUUGGGAGCUGCUGCAUGAACGACUUGGUGGUCCUACAGAGCACCCAGGGCAUUUGUGCCUACCUGGAAUCCGUCUUUGGAUCCUCUGCUGCCACGCGGGGCGUUUGUUUGGGCUUCGAUCACCGCAGUGCCGCGGGAUGCAGCUCCAAAAGCUUCGCACUGCACGCGGCCAACGUCUUUCUGAGCCGGGGCUUCAAGGUCUGGCUCUACAGGGAUGUGGUUGCGACGCCCUUUGUGCCAUGGUGUUUGGAGCAACGUGGCUGCUGCGCAGGCGUGAUGAUCACGGCGUCACACAAUCCUGCAGCGGACAACGGAUACAAAGUCUACUGGGAGAAUGGCGCCCAGAUCAUCCCGCCGCACGAUGCCAAGAUGGCAGCUCUGAUCGAAGAGAAUCUGGAGCCCUGGGAGAGCUUAGCGGAUGUAGAGGGGGUGCUGAAGCAUCCCCUCUGCAAAGAUCCCAAGGCAGAUGGAGUGAUGGACGCCUAUUUCCAGCGCCUUCCUACCUUAAGAUGCAGUGAGGAGAUCGUGGCCAAAGCCAUGCCUGUGGUUUACACAGCGAUGCAUGGUGUUGGUUGCACCUUCGUCCAACAAGCCUUUGAUGCUUUUGGACAUGGCCGCAGUGCGCUGCAUUUGGUGGUGGCACAAUGCGAGCCUGAUCCCACCUUUCCAACUGUGGCCUUCCCGAACCCUGAGGAGGGCAAGGGUGCCUUGAAGUUGGCCUUCGAAGAAGCCGAGCGCCAGAAGGCCACAUUAGUCUUAGCCAACGACCCCGACGCAGAUCGUCUGGCCGUGGCCGAGCGCAAGGACCUCCUGGCGCCGUGGCACGUCUUCACGGGCAACGAGCUGGGAGCGUUGCUGGGACAUUGGGCCUGGCACUGCUGGCGGAAGCGGCAUCCCACAGCAGAUCGGGCAGAUAUUUCCAAGGUUUGUAUGGUGGGAUCGGCGGUUUCUUCGAAGUUUCUGGCACGAAUUGCUGCCAAAGAAGGCUUCAAAUUUGUGGAGACCCUAACGGGCUUCAAGUGGAUGGGUUCCAAAUCUGCCGAUCUCCGCGCUGAAGGGUUUGAGGUGAUCUUUGCCUAUGAAGAGGCCAUUGGCUUCUGCUGUGGCGAUAUUGUCAAAGAUAAAGAUGGCAUUGCCGCUGCCUCCGUUUUCGUGGAGAUGGCCAAAACUUGGUCUUUGGAAGGUCGCAGCUGCAAGCAGCAGCUACAAGAGCUGUAUGAGAAGUAUGGCGCUUUGCAAUCCCUGAAUAGUUAUGUGAAAUCUCCUGAUCCUUCCAUCACCGCAGGAAUUUUCGCAGCACAGAGGGGAAGUGACAAGUCGAGUUAUCCCAAAGCUGUGGGGGACUUCAAAGUGACAGCUGUGCGAGAUCUCACCAUUGGCUAUGACAGUCGUACGUCUGAUGGGAAGCCCGAACUGCCUUUGAAUCUGGGAGGGGAGAUGAUCACCUACUACUUCGGUGAGGUGGAUGCAGAGGUGACCCUCCGGACCAGCGGCACCGAGCCCAAAAUCAAGUGGUACUCCGAGAUGCGCAGCGACGUCGCAGGGGAUCCCAAGUUGCAAAGCUUGGUGCGGCACGUGGUCUGCAGCUUACUGGAACCUGUGGCCAAUGGCUUGGAGAUACGUCCAGAAGAUAGAGACUUUCUGUUGUAGGUGGAUGGCAAAAG